CUUUAUUAAACUAGAAUGCUCCAUUUUUAUGUUCAUAUUAUUAGCGACACUUUUUUGGGGGGCGAAGAGAGUAGGAUACGACCGACCAAAUUCAGAGUUUCGAAUGGGGCUGGAAAGAGAGACUUUCGGGUGUGGAAACAGCGCCUGAAAAGGGGAGGCGGAAUUGCGGACCUCCCCUCUGAUUUCAAGGAGAAGGCGCCCACCGGCACCGCACCGCACCGCACCGGUUCCUCUCUGCGGCAGCAAACUCCUCCCAUCCAUCCCUCGUCCAUCCUGGCUCAGGCGCGAGAGGGUGGAGAUGAGGAGGAAGGCGCUCGCACGGGGCUUCUCCGCCGACGGCGUCCUCCGCCGCAGCCGCCCGCUCCCAGCGCGCCGCCGGCCACCGAAGGGGACAAUAAUAGCACGAGCAAGGAAAAAAAGAAGGGCGAGAUCACCAAGACCAUCCGAGACAGGCUAUCAUCGUCUUUCUCUUCCCCCAGAAGCCGCCUCUCCUGCUGGACGAGCCAUCCGAUCCGGCGGAGCAGGAGGGGGAGCGGCACGGCCAGCGACGAACAUGGCACGCCGGUGACGGCCAAGGCAAUCAGGCCCCCCUCAAGGAAGGUGGUCGCGGCAGGGACCAGAUCCCUGAUCGAACGCAACGAUUUCUACAGCCAAGAAUGCAACACGCACAAGUAGGGAGCCUGCUUUUUUCUCUUCUCGGAUGCUAUCCCUGUUUUGGGUGUGAGACUAAAAUUGUACCACGAGACAUUGCCCCCUUUGGGACGAGAUGUAUUUUAGUUCUAGAUAUAUUCAUUUCUGCGACGAGUAA